AUGGUACAGCUCCAACCCAGUGGGCCAGAAUGGCAAGGGUCACCUCCAAAGCACGGUCACCUCUCAGAGAUUGACCCUGAGUUCGCCCAGCUCAAGGACGAGGCCGACAAAAACUUCGCAAUACUGUGGUCACUGCCGUUGGACCAGUUCAAGGCCGCUUGGUUGAGCGCCCCAGUCCCGUUUCCUGAGAAUGCUCCUCAGCCUGGCCAGGACUACCAAGUUCUGGAGCAGCUCGUUCCAGUCCGCGAUGGCACGAACGUAGGCCUCAAAGUCUACAGGCCAUCGAAAUGUCAGAGCAAGACUACUCUGGUUCUGAAAGCGCAUGGAGGAGGAUGGGUGGUUGGGAGCCACGAGACCGAGGAGGUCGAGAACCGUUUCCUGGCCGCCAAAGGCAACGCUGUCGUUGUCAGUGUUGAUUACCGCAUGGCACCCGAGUACAAGUAUCCCUACGCCAUCGAUGACUGCUUCGAUAUCCUCCAAUGGUGCAAAUCAAAUGCAGAAGCUUUGAGCAUUGAUCCCCAACGUAUUAUAGUGGCUGGUGGCAGCGCAGGUGGUAAUAUUGCAAUACUGGCCCAGAAAGCGAGGGACGAGAAGGUCUCAGGAAUCGUCGGUCAGAUUCUGAACAUCCCCGUGACAUGCCAUCCGAAACUGUUCCCCUCCGAUCGGUACCCUGUCGGAAGCUACCAGCAGAACAAGGAUGCCAGUGUCAUCGACGCCCCAAAGAUGCUCUGGUUUUGGGAUCAAUACCUGCCCAAUGCCGAACCUGAGGUCUACGCGAGUCCUCUACUUGCAAAGGACUUCAGUGGACUGCCACCAGCUUUAAUCCAAGUCGCUGGCAUGGACCCUCUGCGUGACGAGGGUUUGGCAUACGCCGAAGCGCUGAAGGCAGCUGGAGUUCCAGUAACUCUGCACACCUUCAAAGGCUUGCCUCACGGGUUCUACUUCUUCCCCCAGUUGAAGCAGUCUCUGGAGUACUGGAUGAACUGUGUUGACUUUGUUCAAAAGUUAAGUGGAAAGCCGGCGGCUGCAUCGUGA